AUGAUUGGUGAACUUUUGGCAUCUGCAUUUGAACUACCAACAUUAGAUUUUGAUGAAUUUGAUGCUACCGCUUUUAAUGGAUUUCUUUGUAAAAGAUUUAUUUGUUCUGCUUUAUCUUCGAGUUCAUCAGUUUGCUUAGAAACCAAUGCUGAUCCAGUACGAGAACUCUGUGAAACUUCUGAUAUACCAACUGAGGUAUCAUGA